CGGAUUUUGACAGUUCCGCUUUUAGCGUCGUCGUGGUUGUGCUCCAAGCUCUCUGUUUACGGGUGAAAAAGUGAAGUGUAGCGUGGUUACAAUGCUGCUAGUGCUAGCAAUUGUGUUUCGCCUUCUUGUACAAUAAGCGGGUCGCAGGUUCGUAACGCUGCGCUGUGUCAAAGGCGCGCGACCGCAAACUUCACAGCACGCCCCCAUACCCUCCUCGCCAGCGGGUUACUACAACGCGAACACAUCCACAACCGAUACAACUGCGGCCAACCGAUGCUCAACGAGGAGGACACCGAGCUGGAUGACACUCAUCUCUGCAUUAAGUGUGGCAGUACCGUGGAGGGAAUUGAAAAUUACAUCAAGCACCGUAAGGUAAAUUGCACACAGCCGUCCAAAUCUUCAGGUGGUACCGGUCGGGAAGCCGAUACCGGUACGAUUGGCAAUGCCGAUCAACCGACCGUAACGCUGCGCGUUGAAACGGCAUCAACGGCGGAACCGGCGCCCUAUGGGACGUUCGACUUUACCGAAACAAUCAAGGAACCGGAGCACCAUAAGAAAGUACCGAGCUAUGACUAUCAUAACUACGAGCUGGAGCCGCAUCAUCAUCAUCAUCAUCAUCAUCACCACACUGACCCGGAGCAUCACCGGUCCGAUGGUUCGAAAGCGUCCGACUACAAGAAUGAGGUGAAUUACGAGUACGAGCUGGGAGCGGAUCUGUUCUUUUCGUCGCUUGAGCUGCAGAGUAGCAGUAAGCAGAAGACAACAGCCACCAGCGUACCGAAUGCUUCCCAGCCAGGCACUGUCAGUGGUGGGGUGUCCGGUGGUGGUUGCAGUCCUGCAACAAAGAUAGCACUGGUGCAGUCUAGACCGAAGACCCGCAAAUUUACCACAACCCUCGUCACGCAGCUCGAAUCAGAUCAACAGCAGCAGCAACAGCACCAUCCGCUGCCGGACGACUGGCUGGCGACACCGAACGAGUCCGAUAAGCUUAUGAAAGCUGUCAGCGAUAUCAGUGGCCACAAAAAGGUGGAACUGUAUCCGAUAUUCCAUCAGGAAUCUCCCGACCCGUCGGACGACGACAGCGAGGAGGAAGAGGACUAUAAUGCACCACCCCGCACCCAUACCGGUGGCAAGUGGAAGCCGGAAAAUCGUCCAUCACCGAACGUACUGCGCAGUACGUCCCACUGGCGCCACUGGCCACCGGAGUCACCGCUGGACAAAUCGGUCGAACACGACGAGGAGGAAGAUAGCUUCAAGAGUUUCUCGCCACCGCCCGGCCAUACCAAGGGUAAGUGGGUGCCCGGUUCCAAGAUUGCGCGCCUCGAGUACAAACCAACCCACGAACCGGUGAAAAGCUACGAGGACAAUUACUGGUGCAGUAUUUGCAACCGUCGGCUAGCGUCCCGGUUUGUGUACGAACGGCAUCUUAAAUCAAAUCUACACCUUAAACGGGCCCAGGAGGAAUUCGAGCUGGAACGUGCGAUCAAACCGCCGCUCUACGCUAAUGAACUAUCGAAGCAGCUCACGGACGCACCGUGCACCGAGCGUCUUAGUGCCGUACCAGCACCACCAGCAACGUCGGAGCAAGUGACCACCAUCGGUCAAUUAACGAAGUCACCGGAAAAGGUAAAACGCAAACGCAAAUGCUACUACACCAAGUGUGUCAUCUGCCAGACGCGUCUUCCGACGCAUCUGCUCGGCAAACACUUGAUAUCCCGUUACCAUUACCGGCGGAUGUUAAACCACCCCGGGCAAUGCUUUGACGUGGUGCUGAAAAAUAUGCACCGCAUCGUGCUACAGUCCCCGUUCCAGUGUCAACCGUGCCGAUUUUACGCAAAUAAUGAGCUCUACUUUAUGGAGCACUGGCGUUCGCCCGAACACGAAGCGCGCGUUGCAUCGAGCGGUAAGUUUUGGUGCAGUUUCUGUAAGUUUGAAUGUGAGGGAAACUUCCAGAUGACGGAACACCUGCUCGGUGCGAAUCAUCGGGAAGUGAUCGCCGUCAUCAAUCGCUCGGUACCGAUCAUCAUCCGUAAGAUCACACGCAUCCGGUGCGAUUCCUGUGAGCAGGAGUUUCGUUACAAUGCGGAACUGCGGCACCACCAGCGGCACUGUACGGCGGUUAGUGACGAAACGAUUGAGGAGGUUCGGGCCAAGGUGCAGAAUACCUUCACCUGCGAGCUAUGCAGUGCAACCUUCCCGAACAGGAUGCGAUUACUUCAGCAUGGGCAGAAACUGCACAGGUUGGCAAACUAUUACUGCUCCAUUUGUGAGUGUUCGUUCGAAACGGCACACGAAUCGAUGCAACAUCGCCGUACCUCGAGGCACAAGAUUAUGUCUGCAAGAAAAAAUCGAAAAUCGAACCUGGUACCGAAGACGUGCUUCAUUUGUAAGGAAAAAUUGCCGGAUGUACUGGAGCUGAAGCAACACAUUGCUUCCAACCAUCCGGACGUGAAGUAUAGCUGUCCUCAAUGUGGCGAAUGUUUCGUCCUAGCGCAAGAACUCGGUAGACACGUACGUGACAAAAAUUGUACAUUUUUCAAUUCCUCUACCGCGCUGGAGACACCGUCAACAUCCUCGGCAUUCUUUGUGCCGUACGCCACGACGGAAGUGCUCUCGAUUCCGGUACCGUCUACAUCCACGUCUACGUCGCCACCACCGCCGACGACGACGGCACAUCAGCUCACUGCUGCACUCCCGACGAUAGUCCCACAGGCGGAAACUUCACCAUCGUCAUCAUCAGCAACCCGGCCGCAUCUUUCGGGCACAAAUUCAAUUAUCUCAAAUGAUUCAAUUAAAGUAAAUAUGAAUGAUCGUAAACUAGGCAAGGAGACACAUCUGUAUUCUUCCACGGUGGCACCAUUCCUGCAGACGUCGACGGACCGGGAAUCGGAUGCCGAACUCGAAUCGUCCACGGAUGAUGCGGAUGGGCCAAGGCAACCGGGCACAGCUGAUCAGCCCCGAAAAGUUGAUAUGAUGGAAAAUUAUUCACCCGCCAACGUACAACCGUCCAGCCCGUCGUCGGCAACCACAUCGACCUAUCGGAUUAAAUUGGAAUCGUUCAGUUCGGCACUUUCGGCCAGUGCUGCCACGGACCACCAACCGGACGGACCGUCACAAUCGCCAGCGGUAUCAAAUACGGAUUGUGAUAAUAUUGUUGCCGCACGGAGCCCGCAAGCGUCAGCAGAAAUCUUUUUCGCCAUGGCUAAUAAUGCGUCCGAAAAUAAUACUGUUUACGUUGAUGAAAUUGUUGGCACCAUCGGUGAGGAUGGUUCGGUCGUUUGCUGGCAGUGUAAAAUAUGCCCAUUCAGAACCUCAUCGCAAGCCGAAUUUCUGUUUCACGAAAUUUUGCACUCAUCAAAGUUGGAUGACAAAGCAAAGUCAUCCCCAUCGGGGUCGUCCACGUCGGGUAAGCGCCGGUGUCCCAAAAUCACCUGCCCGCUGUGUGGGAAAGCAUUCUCCAAGGCGUCCCUUCGCUUUCACCUGCGCCAACACACCGACGAGCGGUUGUUUCCCUGCCCGCACUGUCCGAUGGCAUUUACGCGCAAGGCCAAUCUCAAAAAUCACAUUGAUAACAUUCAGCACCAGCGGAAGCACGAGGCAGCGAGUGAAGGAAUCCGUACGGCCGAUAGCACCGAAGCAGGACCAUCCCGUGCGGCUAUCUGUACUAGUUGCGGCAAAUCGUUCGCCAAUCGUCACAUAAUGCGGCAGCACAGCCGCGUCCAUCAUGACCAGCGAUCUGUCAAGGAGUUUUCCUGCCAGCACGAAGGAUGCCACUACCUGGCCCGUUCUGCGGCCGAUGUCCGGCGUCAUUUGGUGUCACAUACGAGUGAACGAAAUUUUGCCUGCGGUGAUGACGGUUGUGACUAUCGGGGGAAAUCACUUGCCCAGUUGCGUAGACAUGCUCUUCUUCGACAUGAUACGGAUACGGAAAAGAAACUCAAAUGUAGCCAGUGUGAUUUUGCAACCCGCAUUCCCGGACACCUUCGACGUCAUCUGUUAGUGCAUUCCGGUAGCAAACCGUACUCCUGUCCGCACUGUGAUUAUUCCUGCAAUAACAUUGAAAAUCUACGAAAACAUGUAAUUUCUACUUCGAAGCAUAAAGGGAAAUUUUUGUACGAAUGUAAACUUUGCCCUAAGGAUGGCAACACGUAUGGAACCAAUUUGCAGAAGGAGUACAAAGAUCACAUGCAAAAUUAUCACAAACUAUCGGCGGAUGAAGUAAAAAACUACAUUCAACCAUUCACUUCAUAAAAACAAAAUUCUUGUAAUAAUCAUGUUAACCCAAAUUUACUUA